CGCAGUCGCCGGAACAGCCGGCCGGUACCGAGCGAGAGGGUAGAGAGGUGACCGGGCUGCCGACAGGACAAGCUACCGGACGAGCGGGAGAAGGGACGAGCGAGAGGACGAAGGGCGAGCAACUGAGCUGGUGGUCGGGAGAGGAGCGAGCUAUCGGCAACCGCAGGCAGGUAGAGCUGAAGUCGAGCCGUGCCUGAGACGAUAGGUAAGCGAAUCACAGCGGUCAAUGAGUCCUCCCGCGCAGAGCAGUGUGCUGAAGAGACUGACUACUAGGCGAGAUCUUCGAAGACUGAAUUGAGUGAGGAUUCGCCAGGAGGUGAGCGAGCAACACCGGUUCGCGAUAAAACUGAAAUGAAAUCAAACAUUUAAAAUGGAGGGAUAUUCACUUGAUUCGGAAACUAACGAGAUGAAAUCAGGUACAGCGGUUGCUGUAGUUUUACCCGCAGACAUUAGUGGGGUAAAGCAUCGCUAAGAAGAAAACGAGAACAACCUCGGGUUCCUUUUCUAUCGACGUGAGUAGAAUAGAGCUCUCGCCACUGGAAGUGGAAGUUUGACCGCCCCCGAAACAAGCCCGAGUGAGCAUCGCGUUGACCACCUUACUGGAAGAUCUGGCGCAGCUCGAACAGAUAAGCUGCAAUUUGAUAACAACUGAUACUGCACAGCCAUCGAAGUAAUUACCACAUCAGUCAAGAUAAACUCGGAUACUGAAGACUACCAGCAGUGCCGCUGCCUCCGCUGUGACUCCUGGUGACCCAGUCCGACCUCACCGGAGGCACCAUGACCUCCUCUGCCGACGAGUCGGCGUCCGCGGAGCGUCACGAGCGCCGCUCCAUCUCGUCGCUGUUCAGCUCGCGGCGCGUCUCCUCCGGUAAGCUGGCGCCGACGCUCAUCGUCAACGACGAGCUACAGCUGGAGCAGACGGCUGCCGACGGUCGCAGCCUGCACUCGUUCGGCUGUCUGGCCAGCCGGAACGGCAGUGUGCUGGGCAGUCCGACACUGCACCCGCGCCACGACUCGCACCGCGGCCGCCUCACCAGUAGAGGGAACAGUAAGGACCAGCAAAAGCUCAGCUGCUGGCAAAGGUUCAAGAAGGCAAUAUUUUCGAAAGCAACAAGAAAGCUGCUAUGCGGCAUUGUCGUGGCGGCGCUGGUUACCAUCUCGUGGGUGGGGACCAACCACUUCAUCAAGAUGACCUACUACGGCGGUCAGAUGCCGCAGCUGCCCAACACCACCAACAGCAUCCUCGAGGUCCUGCAUCAGGGAGCGCCGUACGACGCGCCGUUCUUCACCACGUGGUUCUGCACCACUUGGACCACCCUGGUCUUCCCCAUCUUCUCCCUGCUGCAGUGUAUCAACUGCAGGGCCAAGGAGGAGCCGGCAGCCAGCGAGGUGGUCGACGCCAUCAGAUACUUCCGCGACCGCGGAUACACGCUCGGUCAGUUCAUGUUACGCACCUUCCUGUUCUGUCUGCUGUGGGUCGUCACCAACUAUCUGCACGCGCAGGCUCUGCGAGAGCUGACCUGUACAGACGCCAUCGCGCUCUUCUCGACCAGUCUGGGUUUCGUGUACCUGCUCUCGUGGGUGGUGCUACACGAGCAGUUUGUCGGAGUCCGGAUCGUAGCUGUGAUCAUGUGUAACACCGGGGUGGCACUGCUCGCCUAUAUGGACGGUAUCGCCAAGACGCCCACCCUGGGUAGCGUCGUCAUGGGAGCCACGGGCGCCGCCGGUUCAGCGGCGUACAAGGUGUUCUUCCGUAAGGUGAUGGCCGACUGCGGGCCCGGUCCGGUGAGCGUCUUCCUGAGCCUGAUUGCCCUCAUCAGCACACUGCUGCUGUGGCCAGUGGCGCUGGCGCUCUCACUCUCCGGGACAGAGGUUGUCACCUGGACCCAGCUGCCCUGGCUGGAGCUGUGUGGCGCAGCGGGACUCGGGCUAGCGGGAAACCUUCUGAUCAGCUUCGGCGGCCUGGUGACCUACGACUUCUUCGUCAGUCUUGGUCUGAUCCUCGCCGUGCCCCUCAGCGCCGCGAUCGACAUGCAGUGGUACAAUGUCGACUUUGAGGACAUGCGUCUGGCUGGGAACGUGCUAAUCGUCUGUGGCUUUUUCCUGGUCCUGUUCCCAAGCAACUGGCCUAACUACAUUCGCAGCGUCAUCAGGUGGGGCCGGCGCCACCACAGCGGCAGCUCUCGGGACCAGCCGGAGCCGGUGGACUACCGUACGGGCAUCAUCUCCAGGUCACAUCUGCGGUCACCCUCCGGGCAUGUGCGGUGAACCGUGAUCACGUGCGGUGAAGUUCGGGCAAGUGCGGUGAAGUUCGGGCAAGUGCGGUAAGCUAGGGAUAAACACGGGAAGUCCAGAAAUCUGCGCUUUCCUUCAUGAAAUGCGCGGUGAUUGCGGACAACGGUUGAAAAUUCAAGGCGAAGUGUGGUCAAUUCCAGGCGUCGGUGAACUCCGAACAGGUACGGUGGCCUGUGAUGAGUGUAAUGAUCUGUGGACACUUACGAUUACAGUGAGCGGAUGACACGGACGCAAAAGAAAAAGUGACUAAUGUGCAGUGAGCUUUCUAUUCCUCGAUCUUUUUGACACACCUGUUGCUUUUUUCGUUAGCCGAACUGACAAAUGAUUGAGAAACAAUUUUAGAUUAAAAACAUAAACCAUAAAUGCGUUCGAUUUGAGCAUUCGAUUUGAGCUCUGCACAGAUAAUGAAUUUUGAGCCCUCGCUCUGAACUCUCAGGUGUGGGUGUAAGCUCCAGAUAAAACUGGGAUCGUAUCGCCCCGUUCCUUCAUAUACGAGGCGGCCCACCUCAGCCGAGCGUACUUUGAACCGGGAUGUGACGGGGCGAGUCAUGUGACCAACAAUAGCUCCCCGUGACUGUGACGUGAGGUGGUCGUGACUGUAACGUUCCGUGACUGUGACUGUACCGUGCCGUAACCGACACCGAUCGCCGGAGAGCUCGUAAAACAGAGGUGUUUCGCGUUACUCGACCUACCGCACACGGAUGUUGCGAGAACUGAAGUUAGUUUUCUACUGGGCGCUCUAAGCGACUUGUGUAGUAGCUACUGAACAGUGAGCGUGACUCGAGUUGGUGGGAUAUGUGAUAUGUGGUAAGUGUUACGUGGUGGUAUGGACGACUCUUCAACUGAUGGUGUUUAUUGGAUCAAUAUGUUUCUUGUUACAUGUGAUUGUUGUACGACAAAGUGUCUGUUUACAGGCCUCCAGAAGCAAACAGGGUCUGUGUACAUAAGGUAGAGUAGGGUCUAUGUAUAAAGGCAAAUCUUGUCGUACAAUGUUAAUUUUACAUAUCAACGGCAGGCAUUUACCAACUGCAUAUAUCCUGUUCAUAUAUACGUUCAGAUAGCUACAGCUAAAGGUUAUUGCAUCCCGUGUCCAAAGGUCAAGGGACUCCUUUCUCAUGUCACUAAAAUGCAAGAAACUGCUGCUUCCUCCAUAGCUUUCCCAUGUGGUGUUCGUGCAAGCUACGUAUGAACACACAUCUUCUAGGUAAGGGUUGUAGCCGAUAUUAUUGAUAAUUGACUGUAGUUAAAUGCCGUGCUUUUAUUGAAAAAUAAUAAGAUUAAUUGCUUGAACUAGGCAAUAGCUCUGCUGGGAUCAUUUUAGCUCAUCUUGAGAUAUUCAUGGCGAGUGUUUGACAAUAUUUAUAUACCUACUUCUGUAUUACAUACCUACAUCGUUCAUUUCUUCUCACAAUGUGUCACUACGAACAUCGAUAUGUUGAACGACUGUUGCGAUUGUAGGAGAAGAAUAUACGUUACAAUAAAUGUAAAA